AUUCUGAUAGUUUCCAAUAGAGUCCGAUAGACCGCUAGUCAAACAAGAAGAUCACUCAGCCAAAUGUCUGCCACGUACUGCUCAGAGCUGUUUCGUGGACAAGAAGCAGCACACUCACAAUCCAUCCAGCAGACAGGCUUUCUGGGUAUUAGGAGGGGAAAAAAAUUGUGGUGUCGUUUGGCUGUGCUGCUUUUUUUUUGUGUGUGUGUGUGUCUGGUUUCUGCUGAGUCACACACGGGCACACACGUGGAAGAGCCUGCGGUAAUGUGUGUUACGUCUCUGGGCUCAGACAGCAACGAUAGCCUUUUAUUCAAAGUGCUCGCUGUCAUUUGGAAAGCUGAGAGGAUGAUGUGAAUGCCUUGUCCCCCCUCCUCACCCCCUCAGCUCCCCUCCACACAGACUGAAUAGCCCAUAAGCAGUAACGGUGCUGAGUUCCUCUUAUAUUUCUUGUCCCGGUGCUGACCCAGUUCAUCUUCUCCUCACAGAUUAGAGCAGAUUAUUAAUCCCUCUGCUCCGAUAGUCUGGGUUCUCAGGGACUGGAGCCAGCAGGAGGCCAGGUGUCACAGGGCUCGGGCCGGGCUUUGCAGCGGGAAGCUGGGGCUGCAGCGGCGAGCAUUGAGCUGGGGCUAAUCGAAUAACAUAGUUUUGAUGAACUCUGCACUGAAUUAAAAAUGGCUUUUACUCACAUGUUUGCUAACUUGUGUUCCUUUAUAAUGGUGACUAAUAGUUUGAUUGACCUGAAACAAAACUAAUCUGGGGGUGUGGUGCUCGGGAGCUUUGGAAUAACCUUCUUAAGACGAUCAUUCUUGAUUUGAAACAGCCUCUUACUGUAAUCAGACUGGAUUAAAACAGUAAUGCAAGGCAAAUAUCCUGCAUUGUAAGUGUUUUUUGGUUUUGUCUUUGUUUUUUUAAUUUUCCUUUUAGAGGUCACAUGUCCUGUUGUGUUUGAGGACACAAAUUAAAAAAAAAAAAAAAAAACAGGUUUUGAAACACAGUGCUGCAAAGGCCUUUUGUUGGUUAUGUAGAGCAAGCAGCUAAUGUUAUGCGGGAGACACUGUGUGCCAGCCGCUACAUCCUGGUGUAUAGUAGCUGUAUCACUGCUCUGCUUUGUUGGAGCCAGCCCAAGGUUUCUCUGCUGUUUAAAUAGAGGCCAACAGAAAGGAAAGCUGAUAGAAGACGCUGGGAAAGUAGUAGAAGUGACAUAUUCACGAAGGAAGUCAAACUGCGUGAAGGAGGUGGAAAAACUUCAAGAGAAAAGAGAAAGACGCCGGCUUCAGCAGCAGGAGCUCAGGGAGAAAAGAGCUCAGGAGGUGGACACCACCAUCCCCAACUAUGAGAUCAUGUACAUGAUCCGAGAUUUCCGAGCCAGUCUAGACUACCGGCCCCUGACCACAGCAGACCUGAUUGAAGAGCACAGAAUAUGCGUUUGUGUGAGGAAACGUCCACUCAACAAAAAAGAGUUGUCCAUGAAGGAUUUGGAUGUGAUCACCAUUCCCAGUAAGGAUGUGGUGAUGGUUCAUGAACCUAAACAAAAAGUGGACCUGACCCGCUACCUGGAGAACCAGACCUUCCGUUUUGACUACGCCUUUGACGACAGCACCACAAACGAGAUGGUUUACAGGUUCACAGCCAGACCUCUUGUGGAAACCAUUUUUGAGAGAGGCAUGGCCACCUGCUUUGCCUACGGACAGACAGGCAGUGGAAAAACACAUACUAUGGGUGGCGAUUUUUCUGGGAAAAACCAAGACUGCUCUAAAGGAAUUUAUGCAUUAGCUGCUCGGGAUGUAUUUCUCAUGUUGAAGAAACCCAGCUACAAAAAGUUAGAUCUACAAGUGUACGCAACUUUCUUUGAAAUCUACAGUGGGAAGGUGUUUGACCUGCUGAAUCGUAAAGCUAAGCUGAGGGUACUGGAGGAUGGGAAACAGCAAGUGCAGGUGGUGGGGCUGCAGGAGAAGGAGGUCAAGUGCACAGAGGAUGUCCUGAAACUCAUUGAAGUGGGAAACAGCUGCAGAACAUCAGGGCAGACGUCAGCCAACGCUCACUCGUCUCGCAGCCACGCCGUAUUCCAGAUCAUUCUCCGGAGGAAGGGGAAGAUGCAUGGAAAGUUCUCCCUCAUCGACCUUGCGGGCAAUGAGAGGGGGGCGGAUACAUCGAGCGCUGACCGGCAGACUCGUCUGGAGGGCGCAGAGAUCAACAAAAGCUUGUUAGCCCUGAAGGAGUGUAUCAGAGCUCUGGGUCGUAACAAGCCCCAUACGCCAUUCAGAGCCAGUAAGCUCACCCAGGUCCUCAGAGACUCCUUUAUUGGGGAAAACUCACGCACAUGCAUGAUUGCAACCAUUUCUCCUGGGAUGACAUCGUGUGAGAACACACUCAACACACUACGCUACGCUAACAGAGUGAAGGAGUUUGGGAUUAGUCCGUCAGACAUCCCCUUCUCCCAGAGCGGUCAGGGAAGCCGCCCUGAGCACUCGCCCACCAAUACCUUUGAGUAUGAUGACUUUGCUGCUACCUCUCCCAGCAGGGUAAAGGAGCUAACGGUGGACCCCAACCAAGUGAUGGAAGGGGGACGCCCCAAUAUCCAUGCUGUCAACCAGCUGGAUCUCUUGGAUGAAGAGUGGCUGAGCAUCUCACCACAAAGAGACGACCUCAAACUUCUCUGUGAGCAGAAUGAGGAAGAAGUGUCUCCUCAGCUCUUCACCUUCCAUGAGGCCGUGUCACAGUUGGUGGAGAUGGAGGAGCAGGUCCUAGAGGACCACAGAGCUGUUUUCCAGGAGUCUAUCCGGUGGCUGGAAGAUGAAAAGGUGCUGCUAGAGAUGACGGAGGAGGUGGAUUAUGACGUGGAGUCUUACGCCACGCAGCUGGAGCAGAUCCUAGAUCAAAAGAUAGAAAUCCUCACUGAGCUCCGAGAUAAAGUGAAGUCAUUCCGCUCUGCACUGCAGGAGGAGGAGCAAGCCAGUAAGCAGAUCAAUCCCAAGAGGCCACGUGCUCUUUAGAGUCUGAAGAGGUUUAAGUGGCGCGUUGAGAAACAUAACCACUAGAUGUUUGGCACAAGUCGAGCUGACACUAGCAGCUGUGAAAACACAAAUUAAAGAACUGUCUAAUGUACCAACAGGCUCAAUGAAUAUUGUUUGUUUUGAUCCCUCUAGUAACAGAAACUGGCUCUCCACUCACUCUUUGGUCUUGUUAGAAAACUGGAAGGAAACUAGUUCUUAUUUCCUUCCACUUUAGAUGAUUUUUUUUAAUGGAGAAUGUUUAGUUUCCUUUCCUUGUACUUAAAUUAUUUUUCUUUUAUACCCGUUUGUACUUCCUUUGAACUAAAACUUUUCGACCGGUUUUCAGAGGAGAUCUCAGUUGAACAUGCUUCAAAGUUUACUACACAAAACCAGUAUUUGAUUUCUGGUUUGCUCUGGCUGACAUUUCUGCAUGUUCACUCUGUGAUAGCUUAUGUACACCACUGUUUCAUGGUCCGGGGGUCCCCCCGGUCGGCAUCGUAAAGUCAUACUUCAUUGUAAGUGAUCUCUUCUCCCUUUCCCUUCCUUCUCAAAGUUUUUACCAGUUUGGAGGAAGCGUUAAACCACAUUGUGUUUCUUUCCUUCUGUCACCCCUGACAGAUUUUUACUUGUAGUUUGCUACAGUCUGUGCCAUGUGGCAACUGACUCAAAAAACUCUUAAUGUAAAACAUGUUUUCCACCCAUUUAACACUUUGUUAAAAAAAAUGGAACUAGAAAAACUAUUAAUAAAUGUAUAGUGAAGAUCACUGACCUAUCAUUGGUUAUGUUGCUCAGUGUUUGCACCAGAUGUAAUGCUGGAAGAAUUAAUAAAAAGUCAUGUUUCAUUUCAA